UCUCUCUCUCGGCCUCGCACAUGUUCUUUUGAGGAAAAAGCGGAACAAAAAUGCCUCCGAAAACAGCCUCUAAAACACAAAAGACCCAGCCCAAGACCCAGAAAGCCAAAGCCCCGGCUAGUAAGCAGCCAGUGAAGACCACUGGGGCCGAAAAGAAGAAGCAAAUAACCGGGAAGAAGGUAACAACAGGAAAGAAAACUGGAGCCCAAGCAGCAGCAGCUGCUAAAGCAACAGCUCUCAAAGCAAAGAAGGCUGUACUUAAGGGAACCCAAACGAAACACAAAAAGAAGAUCCGUACCAAGGUCCACUUUCACCGCCCCCACACCCAGCGUCCUCGCCGCUCGCCCAAAUAUCCUCGUAAAUCAGCACCGAGUCUGAACAAGCUUGACCACUAUGCCAUUUUGAAGUAUCCACUCACGACCGAAUCUGCAAUGAAGAAGAUUGAGGAUAAUAACACACUUGUGUUCAUUGUUGAUAUUCGUUCCAAUAAGCCAAAGAUCAAGAUGGCUGUCAAGAAGAUGUAUGAUAUUGACGUUGCUAAAGUCAAUACUUUAAUAAGGCCUGACGGAUUAAAGAAAGCUUACGUGAGAUUAGCUCCUGAUUAUGAUGCCUUGGAUGUUGCUAAUAAAAUCGGUAUUAUUUGAACAGUAUUAUUAUUAUUAUUAUCGUUUUCUUUGUCAAAUCUUAAACUUUAAAUUUUAAACGAGAAGAGGCCAUUC